GAAAAGUGCAAAUCAAUCCCAGAACAACAGCAAAAGACCUUGUGAAGAUGCUGGAGGAAACAGGAUUGCAGGAGGAAGUGGAGGCAUAUAUAUCAGCGAUGUCGUGUCAUGUUGUCAGCUCUACUCAAUCUGGGGCAUCAGGUGCUGUUUCCUGUUCCUGAGGGGUCUCAAGUUGCAGUCAAGGAGGAGCUGAGAGUCCUCCGGGCUUUAAUGUUGGAACCUGCUCCUCAAAUAUAAAGAGCUGUUUGCCUUCCAAACGCAAGGAAACGCUGAAUUACAACGUCACAGCGGAACAGCGACCAGACACACCGUCCCUCUCAAUAACCAACAGAGGCAACCAGUUUAACCCAGGCAACAUCUCAACCAAUUUAGACAGUUGAAAAAUCAAACCAUUUCUCUAUUUUAACAAAGUUUUUUUUGUAUGUACUUAUAGUACGUAUUUGUCACGGAACAUUUCACUGUUAUAGUCAAAUUUAGAGAGAGAGAAAAGUUUUCACUGCGCCGCGGGAGCGUGAGGAGAGAAGCUCAACCGAACUUUUGCUGAGAGUGAAGAGAGAGCAUGUCUGCACUUAUCAGCGUGUACUCAUCAUGGCCGGAGAGCUUUGAGUGCUCAACGGGAGAUGGGGACGUGCCUGACGGACACGGCUCGCACAGGACUCCCGCGGACAAAGCGUCGGAGCCGCGCAUCAGACGGCCCAUGAAUGCGUUCAUGGUCUGGGCUAAAGAUGAGAGGAAGCGCCUGGCUGUCCAAAACCCAGACCUGCACAACGCAGAGCUUAGCAAGAUGCUGGGCAAGUCGUGGAAGGCCCUGACCCCUCUUCAGAAGCGUCCGUACGUGGAGGAGGCCGAGAGGCUGCGCGUGCAGCACAUGCAGGACUACCCCAACUACAAGUAUCGCCCUCGUCGCAAGAAGCAGCUGAAGCGCAUCUGUAAGCGUGUGGACCCAGGGUUCCUACUGAGCAGUCUGGGGGGGCCUGACCAGAAUGCCCUAACUGACUCCCGGGGCCUCUGCCUCUCUCUGGGUUUGGAUAAAGAAGGGGAUGGUGGUGUUGGGUUUUCAUCACGCUCUUCCCUCAGCCCGGUUAGAUCCUUAAGAGAUGUACCGUCCAGCAGCACCUACCCCUACGGCCUCCCCACCCCGCCUGAGAUGUCCCCCCUGGAUUCGGCCCUGGACCACGACUACCCCUCCUACUACCCCUCCUCUUCUUCCUCCUCUUCAUCCGUCUCCUGCUCAGAGGAGCGCCACCAGCACCAGUGUCAGGGUCAGGCCCCCGGAGGAGGUGGUGGUGGAGGUCACAUGGGCCUGAGUCCUCCGCCCUACCACCCUGACUACACCCAGACUUCCAUCCACUGUGGCUCCCACUCCCACCUAACCCACCUCUCCCACAUGUCCCAGGCUCAGUCCGGAGGCCUCAUCCCUGGGCAUCCUCUGUCCUACUACAGCCCAUCCUCAUGGUCCUCCCAGCUCCAGGUCCACCCGGGCCUCCAGCCCCACCAUCACCCCCACUUGGGGCACCUCUCCCCAGGUCACCACCACCAGCACCACCUGGGUCAGCUCUCUCCUCCUCCAGAGCAGAACCAUGGCCAGAACCACGGUCAACUGGAGACACUGGACCAGCUGAGUCAGGUAGAGCUUCUAGGGGAGGUCGACCGGGAUGAGUUCGACCAGUACCUGAACUCCACUGCGGCAGCGGGAGGAGGAAUGACUGUGACGGGUCACAUUCAGGUGACGUCUGGGAGCAGCGUUGUCACGGAAACCAGCCUGAUCUCUGUGUUAGCGGACGCCACAGCAGCGUACUACAACAACUACGGCAUCUCUUAGACGGGUCGUCGAGUUACCUGGUCACCAUGCCGACACCGACAGCUCACGUCAUCACACCUGGGAACUGACCCGGGCGCCAUUAAUGUGUCAUCACGCGUCUCAGAGGAGGACUGUUGAUCUCGCGUCAGGUGUCUAUAUCCGUGUAAUCUUAUUAAAUUGUGAUCUAUUAGGCGACACCAGAACCAAUCACAUGGCAAGAUGAUGGUUUGGGGCCAAGGAAGGAAACAAGAGGGUAUAAAUGAGAGAAAGAGAGAGAAGAUUGAAGGACACCUCAGGGAUGCUCAAAUUGGUCAACUAGUUCAUCAAUAUCUAUCUGUCUAUUUCCAGAACUGAAUUCCAGCCGGUCGUUGUCCAGUUGUCUUAACGUGUUGCCAGACGUUGUCCUCUUGUCUUAACGUGUUGCCAGACGUUGUCCUCGUCUUAACGUGUUGCCAGACGUUGUCCAGUUGUCUUAACGUGUUGCUGUAAAGUGUGUUGUACAGAUGCUCUCAUCACUUAUUGAAGCACUUUGAUGUUUCAACUAAAUGCUUUAUUGUAUUGCUGUUAUUAUGAAUUUUUUCUGUUUGAAUGUUUGUAUUAUUUUCUAACCGACAUUAGUAGUGUCUAUUUAAAUGAGGAUUAGAGGGACAUUUCUUAUGCAGUUAAUUGCGGGUCUCAAAUGACACUCUAGUCCCUAUGAAGUGCACUACUUUUGCCCAGGUACCACAGGGCUCUUGUCAAAACUAGUGUACUAGAAAGGGAAAAAAAACUGCGUCGUUUUGAGACGAAGCCGAGGAAAUAUCAUGAAGAAAAAAUACUUUACAUUACUUUCUCCUUUUCAAGUACUUAAUAUAUAAAUCAUAAUCUUUACAAUGAAAAUAAUAAUUACUGUAUGCUGAUUUUAGGUUUGUGAAUUAAUUUGAAAUAAAGUUCCACUUUCUAUUU